UUUCACAUUUCUCGUACUAUGCUUGCUGCUCGACGCGCUUCCCGCAUUGCCACCGCGAGCCCUUCGCUCCGCCGAGGCCUCUCUUCCUCCACCACUUCCAUCCCUCAUGACAAGGAGCGCUUGAUCAUCUUCGACACAACCCUGCGCGAUGGCGAACAAUCUCCUGGCGCAACCUUGAGUUUCAAGGAGAAACUGCACAUCGCUAGAGGACUCCAUGCGAUGGGGGUCGACGUUUGCGAAGCUGGUUUUCCAAUUGCAUCUCCUGGCGACUUUGACGCGGUGUCGGCGAUCGCGCAAGAGAUCGGGCCGUUGUCGCGUCCGUCGAACCCGGACUUCAUGACGAUUUGUGGGUUGGCGCGCGCGACCGAAAAUGAUAUCCAACGGAGUUUCGACGCUAUCAAGCAUGCACCGAACCACCGUAUCCACUUGUUCCUUGCCACGUCCGACAUCCAUCUCAAGUACAAGCUCAAGAUCUCGCGGGACGAAUGCAUUCGGCGCGCAGUCGAGGCGGUGCAGUUCGCCGCAUCGUUGAGUCAUCAAGUGGAGUUUUCCCCCGAGGAUGCUGGGCGAAGCGACCCCGACUUUCUGUGCGACGUGCUGGCGGAAGUGAUUGCUGCCGGCGCCACCACACUCAACAUCCCCGACACUGUCGGGUACACCGUGCCGGACGAGUAUGGCGCCUUGAUCGGGUACUUGAUCAAGAACACGCGCGGCGCCGAGAAGGCCGUGUUCUCGACCCAUUGCCAUAACGACUUGGGUUUGGCGACGGCAAACACGUUGGCGGGGGUGCUGCAUGGCGCGCGACAGGUCGAAGUGACGAUGAACGGGAUUGGCGAGCGCGCCGGCAACACGUCGCUGGAAGAGCUGGUCAUGACGCUCCAGACGCGGCCGCACUUGUACCCCGUGGCGUCGCACAUCGAUUCGACACACAUCAUGAAGUGCAGUCGCAUGGUGAGCCAUUACACGGGUAUUGCGAUCCAGCCCAACAAGGCGAUUGUGGGCGCGAACGCAUUUGCGCACGAGAGCGGCAUCCACCAGGAUGGCGUGCUCAAGCAUCAAGCGACGUACGAGAUCAUGCUGCCCGAGUCUGUCGGGCUAACCGAGAACCGCAUGGUGCUGGGUAAGCACUCGGGGCGGCACGCGUACAGCAAGCGGCUGGCCGAGCUCGGGUACGCCGAUUUGACUGCGGCGCAGCUCAACCACUUUGUCGAAAAGUUCAAAGUGCUCGCAGAUGAAAAGAAGACCGUGACGGACGCCGACAUGGAAGCCAUCGUGAACGACGAUCUGUUCAAGCCCGAAACUUUCUGGACGCUGGACGCCGUGCAUGUGACAGCGGGCAACCUCGUCAAGCCUACCGCCACCGUCACCGUGACCUUCAAGGACGGGUCCGAGGUGUCGGAAGCGGCGAUGGGCUCGGGACCCAUCGAAGCCAUGUUCUCAGCCAUCUCGCGCGCCACCGGCUGCGGCGAUCUCAAGUUGAACGAGUACACAGUCGAGAGCAUCACGGAUGGCACUGCCGCGCUUGGAGACGUCACCGUCCGCGUGAGUGAGAUUGAAACGAAUGAGGCUGCCGAUGGACUGAACCCGCAGACCGGCGUAAGUCGCCGACGCCAGUACGUCGGCCAUGGAGCUAACACGGACAUCCUGGUCGCAUCCGCCACUGCGUAUGUGAAUGCCGUCAAUCGGGUGCUCGGCGCGCGGGAACAAGCGGUGAAACGACAAGAGAAAGCCAAGCGGAUAGUUGAAAUGAAGCCCAAGGCGUACAUAGUAGCUAGCGUGUAAAUAGAUGAGAGCAUAUAUUGUCGAUUUGGUACAAAUUUGGGGAGGGGGUUGCAAUGGAAUCAAACGAUAUACACAGUCGAUCUGA